AUGAACAUAGAUGAGGAGGGACUCCCAUCUCCUUCGACCCCUAGAAUAAGAGCCAUCACAUAUCCCGAUCAUUUCAGUCCUGUGACCGACACCACAGGAAGUCCAGAGCCACUCCACAUACCAGCACAUCCUACGACACCAGCAGCACUCACACCCUUCCCGGGUCAUAACCGACAGGUUAUGAGCCCAAGGGGCACCACUGCAGCAUGGACACCGCCUCCAGCAGUACAUCCUUUUGCAGCUUCUGCUUCAGGUACAACUACUCCGUUUGCAGGUGCAGCCUUCACGCAAGCAACUCGGAUUGAGGUCCCGGUACACGUGUUGGAACAAUUUGCACAGCAGAAUACGAUUGACAAUGAGAUCCUUGGAGAUUUACGGGCGGCCGUUGUAGAACUACAUGACCGCAUGCAACACCGCACAAACAUCCUUGGAACAACAACUACCUCGUUGGCCGACGGCUACAACCUUGUGGUAGAAAAUUUAGGGCGUCUGCAGCAGGGCCUUGAUGCACACAGUGAAGUCAUCACUCGUCUUGUGCAGGACAACCGAGGAAUUCAUGAUGAGCUUGAAGCCACGCGCGCCCAGUUGGAAGAGGUUCGGACAAUGGCUCAGACCCCUCGAUUGGGACCAGAACAAUGGCAGGCUCAGGUGGAAGCACACAUCUUGAAACUUCAGAAUGAGUUCGACAUGCGAAUGAAGCAGGUCGAUGAUGAUCAUCAUAGCACCAAAUCCCGUGUUCGAAAUCUUGAGGACAGGGCUGUGAGUAGGACGGAAGUUCCUGAUGCUCACAGUGUACAGGAACAGGUGGACGAGACCUUUUCUGCGGCACUUUGUGAGCAGUUUGCCAUGAACUCUGAUGGUGAGGAACAAGCAGACGAACAGUAUCUUGAUGCCUAUGAAGGUUCAUGGUGGGGAAAUCAGGCGGGACUACAAGGCCAGGAGGAGCCCGAACGACCUCCAGGCCUGACAUCUUCCUCAGCACCCUCUUCGAGCCAACAGGCAUUGAAGCCUCUGGAUGAGCCCAUUGGAGGGCCAUCUGGACAGAAUCCUGCUCCAGUUGAGGGCAGGGACACCAGUCAGGAACAGGGCAAUGCAAUACAUCAUGCUCGAUGGAAACUCCUGGCUGAUGUUCCAAGUUUACAGGUUGGUUCAGGGGAACCGUGGGAAGUCGGAAUGAGAUUUCGCACGUGGUUGAAACAGCUUGACACAGUCGCUGGCACCAUAGCACCCGCUUUUGGUACUUUGGUGGCAGCGCAGGUUCAGUUGGCGGAGCAACGUCAUGGCGAGAGGAUGGCUGGCUUGGUCACUUUGGGACCGCCGCCGGAUGUGGAUCCACGAGAUUCUGAGUGCGAAAGCAGGCUUAUCCUUCUGUUGAUCCGUUGUCUUCCUCAGGAAUGGAAAACAAGCGUGCUGGAACAACAGGACGAGUCCAAGGGCAUGAGAGCUUUGGAUCUCCUAGAGGAGUCUUCGAAGUCCUGCAGCCCGGCGGGGCUGCAGAGAUGCAAUCAACACGUUCGUUCGUACACUUCGGCCUGUUACGACAGCAAAGGAUGGACUCAGUGUUCUUCGGCGCUGGCGUCUCGCCAGAACCAGGGCCACAGCUCUGGCACUCCCAAAGUUGGCACCGUUUGA